UGCAGCACUGCACCGUUGAUUAUUUUUCGCAGUCCGCUGUACGAGCCGACAGGGCGAGAGUAAAAAAAUAAUUACGAGUUUUUUUUCUGAUGUGUCGUGUGAUGGACGGAACGAUCCAACAUGGAAUAAUAACUAAUAAAAUAAGUUUUGUUUUGAUAUUUGACUCAGUUUAAACGUAAAUUAAAUAUACAUUUUGCGCUGGUUAGUAUUUUUGCUCUUGAGAGCUCGUCGGAUCAUUUGCUGGUAGUUUCGAGGACAACAUUAACUUUUUGGUGCCGAAUCUGGAGCUAUUACUUUCCGUCAUUUUAAAAUAUCCAAAAGUGGAAAAUAGAGAGAUCCGUUUAUCGUUAUAUAUUGCGUAGACACCGUAUGUACUUUCGUCGAAGCUAUCAUUGACGAAAGGAUAUUGGGAUAAUGGAUGAUGAUUCUGGAGCUGGGCAUGGUAGCCAUCAUCAUGCGAAGAAGACGAAACUGUCGGUCGAUCAUAUUCCACUUGAGACGUCCAUCAAUGAAACUCCAACAGUUAGCGGAGAAGGCAGUUCUGUAGAUCAGAUUCUUUCCACAGCAUCAACCGAGGUUUCCAACGAAAAUGCAGAAGGGGAUAUUAAAAUGCAAGAUGGGGUUUACGAGCAGAACCCCACUGAAGGAGCGAAUUCACCGAAGGUCCGUUUGCCAGAGGAAAACAAACCUAAUAAUAUGAGCGUGGAAGACGAGCCCAAGUCUCCUUUGGUCGCUACCGACACCGUAGAAUUGAAUGCAAGUGCGAGUGUAGAAGCAGGGAAUGCGUCCGAGACAAACCAUUUCACUGAACGUAACGAGGAACAGUCAGCGGAAGCAGCUGCUCAAGAGAAUGCUGAUGUAGAAGCGGGAGAUCGCAAUGAUAGUGAGCCUAGACCAAGAAAUCGAUUCCGGGGACGGAACUAUCGUUUCAGGUUUGACUCUUCUGAAUCUGGCAAUGAAAAUAAUGGCGAAGAAGCCGCUGAUGAAGAUCUGGAGAUGCUGGUACGAAGAUUGGUGGAUGAAAUGAACAAUGAGCAUGAUGCUGCAAGUGAUGACAACGGGUCUGACGAAAACAACGAUGAUGAUGCUAGUGAUGAUAACAGUGCGGAUACGUCCUCAGUGGACUCAGAUGAUUCAGAUUCAUCGCUUGCAGUUUCUGUAGAUGAUGACGAUGAUAACGACAGCAGCGACAAUGGUUCGGACAAUAAUGCGAACGAACGGGUGGAUGUAUCGAAUCUUCCAUUUAUGCAAACUGCCAAUGUCAGGAGUAACUGGAACUACUUUCGGGAGAUUCAGUUACGAUCACAAGGUCUUUCGUAUCGUACAGAACCAUCCCUCGGUGCAGUGCGCUACAACUCUAGCCAGUUUCAAUCUCGUGCCUAUGGUUCGAAACAUGUCGUAGAGCGACUGACAAUGCAACAUCGUCUCAAAAAACAUGGUGGCUGUGUAAAUAGUGUUAGCUUCAACUCAUCCGGUUCACUGCUGGUCAGCGGAUCUGAUGAUUUGAACAUAAAUCUGUGGAACUGGCAGACGAAUAAACUGGUGCAUUCAAUCGUUAGUGGACACAGGAUGAAUGUGUUUCAAACAAAAUUUGUUGAAGCUAGUGGUUAUCGCAAUGAAAUCGAAAUAAUUUCCACAGGAAGAGAUGGACAGGUCCGGCAUAUGCGAGUAGGACCAGCUGGUGAAGUUACGCGCUUGGUUCUUCUCAAGCAGAGCCAACCAACGCACAAGGUUGCCCUUCCAGCCCGGUCCCAGUACGAGUUUCUAACGGCAUGCGAGGAUGGUUGGGUCAGAAGCUAUGAUCUACGAGAUAAUGUAGCCAAAAAGGUGACUAACACAAAGAGACGUCUGUACAGCAUUUCUGCACAUCCGCUGGAUAACGAGUUUUGCGUUUCCGGUAAUGAUGAAUCCGUCCGAGUGUACGAUCGCCGGAAUGCGUCGAAACCGAUGAAAUAUCACUAUGCGGGCCACACGAAAGAGACUAAACAUAGAUUUACUGUUACCUGUGCGGUGUAUAAUAAUCUUGGAACGGAGAUUUUAGCUAGCUACAGUGACGAAGAUGUCUUCCUAUUUGAUAACGUCCGACACGAAGAUGGCAAAUAUCUGCAUAGAUACAGUGGUCAUUGUAACCGCAAAACCAUCAAAGGGGUCAACUUCUUCGGCCCUCGAUCCGAGUUCGUGGUCAGCGGUAGCGAUUGCGGAAACAUCUUUUUCUGGGACAAAGAGAGCGAAAUCAUCGUGAACUGGAUGAAGGGUGACGACGCUGGAGUGGUGAACUGCUUGGAACCCCAUCCGGAGUUUCCCAUCAUGGCUACUUCUGGGCUAGAUCACGAUAUAAAGAUUUGGGUUCCCAAGGGUACCGACGAUGAGCACGAUCCGCCCAUAUUCUCACGUGAUUCCUUGAAAAAGUGUGUUCGGCGUAAUCUGAAUAUCCGGCAGACCAGUCGGUCGUUUAGUGAAGAUCGGAUUCUGGAUUUUCUCAUGUUUCGGCAGGGGAUUGGUGGUCGGUUGCGGCACCACUUUUCCUCGGACAGCGAAGAUCAAGCGGAUGGCGAUGGUAGCGGAGAGGUCGUCGGCGGCGGCAACAGGCGAGUAGGUGAAAGUGGUGAAGAGGACGAGGAUAACACUAUGAGUUUGCGAUGCUAUCCAUCGUAAGAUACCUCUCGUAGAUAUAAUGCUAGUUACUAAACAACAGAAAAUAGAGAGCGCUUUAGCUAAUCCAAGAGAAAUAAAAGCAAAACUAUGUGAUUUUGUCGAAAAAUUUUCGAGAGUAUAGCCAGUUAGGAAGAAUCUAUGUAAAAAGCAAACGAUGUUCUUUGUUACCACGAUCACCAAUUAUCAAAAAAUCUCUUGAUCCAGGAUAGGUUAACACAUUUGGACUGUUUUGUACCUAAGUAUCAGAUCCAUGAAAUGAAUUUGUCAUGUUAAACUUGUUUCAGUUUGUAUCUACUUGUCAAUUCGUUAAUUACCACACAGCAAUGGAUCACAAUCAUUCGAACAUCUUUUGAACGCCAUGGGUAUUUUUUCAAGAACUGGUCGAAUGGUAUAAAUAUACCUGUUUUGGCAGGAUUUGUGAAUUAUAUUGAUUUUUACAUGUAAUUUUCGAAGGGAAAUACAAUUAAUGUAACAAUGC